AUGAACGGAGCCCUGAAAAGAAAACUUCAAGAGAGGGUAGCACAACAUGCCAGUCAAAAUCAGGAAAAUUUACCGCAUUUCGUCGAUCAUCACCACCACAGUAUCAACGCUAGCACAUCGGGUCUGUUUGGUGACGGUAGCGCGUCGACAGAUUUCACAGCGGGGUUUAUGAGUAACAGUCUGAUGAACUGCCAAUCGGAAGAUACUUCAAACAGCGAGGCCGGCAGUGACAUCGCCUGUCGAUCGACAUCGGGACGGAGACGAUACUCCAACCGGAGAGCUAACAGCGACAGGCGAAAUAGAAUCAACGAAAGGGAACGAGCUCGAAUGCACCAGCUUUGCGACGCUUUCGAAAAACUGCGCAAAGUACUGCCCUACCAGAGAGCUAAACGGGGACCAAACAGACAGAAACUUUCAAAAAUCGCCACCCUCUUACUUGCUCAAAAUUACAUCCGAGCCCUGGAGGACAUGUUGCAAAGAAGCCAUCAGUACGAACAAGUGGCACAGUGUUCAACGUUGCCGAAUCCAGAAAGCAGUUACUACAACGAUGCCUCGUCUUAUUACUACGGAACAAACCAGUCCUACGACACAACACACAUGCAGACGUACGCAUCGCCUUCGACGUAUAUGACGCAGCCAGAGCCGCAUCACCUUGGCUCAUCUACAGUAACGAACCUAUGA